UACGGAGGUUGAUCUGCUGUGAUCAUGUGUCACGCUACCUUUGCAACGAAAGCCGAAAAGGCAUAAAGGGCAUCCAUUCCCCCGACAAUCAUUCAUUCUGCAAUUCAACUGUCAUUUUUACUUCCACACCUACCUUCAUAUCCUAGACUUUUCCUCCUAUACCUGUUUGGUCUUGUAUCUCCACCAGGGUCCACAGAAAUGAAUUUUAAAGACGACUGUCACAUCCCCAUAGAGAGACCGGAGAACUUUUUCAUGCUGGGUUCUGCGAGUAAUCCUAUCUUGAUUGACAUUGAGGAAAAGAGGGUCAAAACCCCUUCUCCUUUCCUUAAUGACACCGACGGCGAUACCAUCCUGGAAAUUCCCAGCUAUCGCUCGCAGGGUCAUAUUUUCCACGACCAGGAGAACGAUAAGCAAAUGCACCAUUCUGAAACUGGCAUCGUCCCAGUGGCUUCGGAUGGUCACAAGGGCCACAGCAUGACCAUACAUGAGGCCGUACAUGAGGCCGUAGCUGGAGGGUUUCCAUUAUCUGGCGAGACAGUAGCCCAGCCGUCAGGCCAGGAGAACUGCGCCCCAGCCGUUGCCUCACAUACAAUGGUGGCCGACAGCUGGUUGCGAAAUGCUUACUCGGGUACGUAACUCUCUGCUUUAAAAUGGGUCAAUAAGCUUAAAAAUUUUAGGUCAUACCACCGAGAGUGGUAGACAAACGGCGUUACUAGGUGAGCAUGUCAGCGAUUGUUCUA